ACAUCGGGGCCACCGUAGAGACUUCAAACAAUCAUGUGACCGUGCGAAGAUGUCAACAUCAAUAAGCAGGCGUUAAAAUAAGCCUUUUUUCCCCUUUAUUUAAACGAAUUAACAUGCUUUAAUUCUCACACAACAAAAAAACAACUGGAUGCUAGCUAACUCUAUUCUCUGACGCCGCACAGGAUGGCUGUGUCUAAUCCUGGCCAGUCACCUCUUGUGCACAGCUUGGCCACACUUCUACGAAACUGUGGUGACGUGGUUCUGGACGGCAGCAGCACGCUGACGCUACCUGCUGCUCAUCUGCAGCAGCUCACCAGGCUCUUCGAGCAGCACCUGCUGCCCCGGAGCCAGCAGCACGGGUUCUUAGCGCUGCCAUCCCACCCCGCCGACACCACCUCCCUGCUUCAGCUGCAGUUCCUGUUUGAUGUCCUGCAGAAGACCGUGUCCCUAAAGCUCAUCAACCCACCAGGAGCGAGUCUGGAGGCUGCGGUGAAAAUAUUCCCUUUCAAGUCUCUCAAGUAUUUAGAACUAAAGAGAGUCCCUCCAUCCCUCUUAGAGGGACUGCGAGGAGUUUACUCCCAGCUGGAGGUUUUUAUCUGCACAAAGAGCCUCAGCUCCCUGGAGGAGCUUCUCUCUCUCUGUGGAGGUGACCUGAGCUCUGCACUGCCAUGGCUGGAGCUUCACACCCUGAAUUUCAGCUACAACUCCAUCGUCCGCCUCGAUCAGUCACUAGGUUUACUAAAUGUCCUGAGAUGCCUGGAUCUCAGCCACAACAAGAUUCAGGACUGUUCUGAGUUUCUAAAGCCUCUUAGUGAGCUGGGACUCUUGAACCUGGGAUACAACUGCCUGCAGAGGGCGCCGAUUCUGGGCCCGAGUGCCAGGGCCAAGCUGCACACACUCAUCCUCAGGAACAACGAGCUGGAAACCAUUAACGGUGUGGAGCAGUUGUCUUCACUCCAGCAUUUAGACCUAGCCUACAACCUGCUGCUGGAGCACUCCCAGCUCGCUCCUCUCUCCUUACUGCACGGCCUCGUCACACUGAACCUGGAGGGAAACCCGUUGUGCUUCCAGAAAACCCACCGGACCUGCACAGUCCAACACCUCUCCCGGAAAGCCGUCGGCCUCAGAUUGAGACUGGAUGGUAUUGCAUUGUCGUCCUCCGAGUUAUCCGUUCUACCAAAAACAAGCCAGCCGACUCACCAGCUCCAGAGCCUGCUGCCUCCAGUUUCUGUUUCAUCUGAAAGGAGCUACCAGGAUGUGUCGAGCGGGGCGGGGGAGCUGAGCGACAGCAUGUCUUUUGGAGAAGUCAGGGUCUCACACUUACGCAAAAGGAAAUCUAGGAGUAAGGCCAAAGUGAGAACAGCCAGCAUAUCUGAGCCAAGUGAUACGGAUCAUGAACCCAGACGCGUGUCCUCCACCCGCGAUUUAGUUCUCCCUCACCAGCAGGAGAUCGAGCGCAUGUCCAGCUUCAGAGACCAGCUGGGAGAAGACUGGCUGAGAUACCAGCACCAUCUAGACCAAUCAGAACCUGCAGACUCUGAAACUCUCUCCAAUGGCCUCAGCGCCUCCACCACAUGUCCUCCCGUCGAGCCGUUUAUGUCUUCUCUUCUGGACGUCCAAGUGGUCCCCCCGCCACCUGUCAUCACUUCAGAAACUAAAUAUGUGGACUUGGACAAGGAUUCCACCUUACAGUGGUUCAGUCAAAGCUCUCAGCAAGCUGAAACCACCAGCAUGGUGGACGGGUUAGUGGCGAAGCAGGAAGUGGAGCUCUCACUUCCCUCCGGUCCAGAUUCCCCGAGGUCUGAGGAAGCCGCGAGUGGAGAUGGCAACCAAGAAGAAGAAGAAGGCCUUGGAGUGGACCUGUGUCACCCGCUGCUGGUCGGAGUUCUGCCUGAUCAGGAGGAGAGGGGCAGCGAGGCUCCGGAGAAGAAAACAGAGGUGUUCUUAUGCGUCAAGCAGGGUCUUCUUCUGGAAGUGGAUGUGCAGCGAGGGCAGGAACGGUGUCGGCUGGAGCUGGACAGCCUGUCCCGGGUGGAGACCACGGAGGCUACCUGGACCAGAGGGGAUACAGAAGACCCGUUUCCAGCGGUGGAGCUUUAUUUCGAUUACAUCAGCAAGGCAAAAAGGAGGAGGUGUUACGUCCUGCUGGAUGAUGACCCACAGCAGACGGUGCAGGUUUUGACUGAUAUUCUGAGUCGUGUAGUGGAAGAAAACCAGCUCCGUGACUCGAAGCUGGUCCCCUGCUGUGUCCAUCUGCAGUGUCUUCGCUGCAGGUCAGAGUUCACGCCUCGGGGCGAGGAUGAUGACGAUGUUGGAGGAAGAUUAACGUUACCAAAGGGUGAGGAAGAACGGUCUAGGGAGGGGCUGAUGGACACAAGUUUUUAUAAUGACAGCAAAGGAAUAAUCCACGUUUGUCCCAAAUGUGGAAGUGACCAUGUGAUCCAAGUGGUUGAACAAACCCCGCCCUACAGCAGUACGCCUGAUGGCAAAGAGACGUAUCUUGACAUCACAGUGAACAACCACAACAAGCACGAUGACACCGACGGUAAAAGCUACAGCCCCAUGAUAGAGACUGCCACCACUUCAGAGGAGCAAACCUUUGUCACAGCCCAGGGGAGCUCCUUCUUCAUCGGAGAUGUUCCAGGUGAUACCAGCAGCCUCUACAACACAGACUUCCACAGCAAAGAGGACCUAGCAGGAAGCUACCACUACACCACAACAGGGGAGACGCCACCGCCAGUGGAGCCUACUGGACCGUCCGCGCCAAAUGAUGAUUUGGAUCUUCUUUCCGAGGACUACGAGGCCGUGGACCAUCGCCUCAAGCUUUUCUUAGAAGUGGAGGUCUUCGAAGAGGACGAGGAACUUCACUCCUUCCUGAAGAUGUCGGCUGUAACAUUUGGGGAGGUGGGGGAGGUUCCUUCGCUGCUGGUUGUGUCGAACCAGCGGAUAUAUUUUCUUGAAAUGUCAUCAGAUAUGCACAGGAACCCGCUUUCUGAUUGGCUGCAGAAGAAGGAAAGCUACCCUAUUGUGGAUCUCAGCUACCUGGAGGUGGGACUGGGCUCACAGAGCAUCCACAUGGAGUUUGGAGAAGGAGGUGUGGCCUACACGCUCCUCGUGAGGGACAGCCUGCGCUGCAAGCGCUUCUUCGGCCUUCUGACAGGAGUCGUUCGUGAGAUGGCCCACAAAUCAGACAGCAAGCUGCAGUCCAUCUCCACCACCCGGCUCUCCUCCCAGCACCACCUCUGGCCUCUCGUGUGUGAAGACAUCCAGGCAGAUGUGGAGGACGGACAGCUGCAGUUCUUCUACCUUCUGGCUUUUGUCCUGCAAGACAUUUGGGUGCCUCUGACUGUUCUGGCCACCAGAGAAACCCUCUACCUGCUCGAGGAAGACCACCAGUGGAGGAGGACCGUCUCCACAGCGACGGAGAAGGAAGCGUGCAGCGGGAGCUUCACCAUUUUUGAAACGCUACCCAUCAGCUGUGUGAGCUCGAUUCUGCUGUGGCCCGUGGACCAGUGCAGGAUGGACUUUAAGCUUUAUGACGAGACGGUGAAACAGGAGAAGACGUGGUGUGUGCGCUCUGAGAGCUCUGAACUCCUCCAGGGUCUGCUGGCCUGGGUCAGGAGUCAGUGGGAGGCCAUGUUCGGAGUGAAGCUGCACACAAGUCUGCAGGAAAAAGCAACAUAAUGAGAAAAGUUCAGCGAACCCGAGCGCCUUUGUUCUCCCUCUCUCUCCAUUCUGAACUCAGUCUGGUCCCAUUACGCUUGUUGCUUUAAGCCAAGAGCUUGGAAAUGAUUGCACUCAUUCAUGUGGCACACAAACCCAUAAAAGCUCCUCUUGCAUAAAUUUUCCUCCAAAAAAAAAAAACAUCCCCACUGAACGUUUCUCCAGCUGGAAAUGGAUUGUGCCUUGUUUAGUCGUGUAGAUGUUCAAACGUACCUUAAUGCGUUGUUUGGUUUCUUUAAUCACCUGAAGGAAUCUGGAGCAUGAAGAGUCGGGGGUGAGAGUCAUGCGCUGAGGUUCUCCAGUGAAGUGAUGGAACCUAAACAUCAGCAGCAGCGGCUUCUGUUUGUUCCUGGAAGUGAUUGAAACGGUCACAGCUGUUUGUGUUCUCACUGAGGUGUACAACUCUAACUUAUGUGUUUGUUGUUUUCUUAACGAAUCAGUGCUCUUUUAUUUUUAUAGAAAUGUGUCAUCAUUGAUUAUAAAACUUGAGUUGA